CACAUAGGAACGAUUAAGGCGGAUUAUAAUUCAGGCGAGAAGAAUUCUAGGUCGGACUAAAUAUCCGUUCUGUAACUUCCGUUUUCAGCUGAGCCAGCCGUGGAUUGCAACGUUCCUGGUAAAGCCAGCUACUGAAACUGAAAGAUGCCGAAAAAGAAGACUGGUGCACGCAAGAAGGCAGAGAACCGCAAGGAACGGGAGAAACAGACUCGAGCCAACAAGGGCUUUGUUGACGUUGCAAAGUCCCCUUGCAAUUCAGCAAUGGAAUGUGACAAAUGCCAGAGACGGCAGAAGAACAGAGCUUUCUGCUACUUCUGUGCAAACGUUCAGAAGCUGCCCCAGUGCGGUCAAUGUGGCAAAACCAAAUGCAUGAAGUCAUCAGACUGUGUCAUCAAGCACCCAGGGAUCCACGCUACGGGAAUGGGCAUGGUGGGGGCAGUGUGUGACUUCUGUGAGGCCUGGGUGUGCCACGGGAGAAAGUGCCUCAGUACCCACGCUUGCACAUGUCCUCUCAUGGAUGCCGACUGUAUCGAGUGUGAACGCUGUGUAUGGGACCAUGGGGGAAGGGUAUACCGUUGCUCCUUCUGCCACAACUUCCUGUGUGAGGAUGACCAGUUUGAGCACCAAGCCAGUUGCCAAGUACUGGAGGCGGAGACUUACAAAUGUGCUUCCUGCAACAGACUGGGGCAACACUCCUGCCUGCGUUGCAAGGCCUGUUUCUGUGACGACCAUGUGAAGAGUAAGGUGUUCAAACAGGACAAGGGUAAAAAUCCUCCCUGCCCCAAGUGUGGCCAUGAGACCCAGGAGACUAAGGACCUCAGCAUGUCCACCCGUACGACAAAGUUUGGCCGACAGAGUGGUGCUGACGAGGAUAGCUAUGGCUAUGGAGGUUAUGGAGCCUCUGGCUACGACUCCUACUGGAAGAACGUGUCAUCGCCCGGAGGAGGGGAGGGAGAUCAGGCAGAAGAUGGCGGAGAUGAUGACGAUGAGGAGGAUGAUGAGGAGGAAGAUGAGGAGGAUGAUGAUGAUGAUGAUGAUGAGGAAGAAGAGAUAGCUGACUCUCUGGCCGGUCUUAAAAUUGAAGGGACCCUCGUGAUCGAAGCAGUUCCCUAGGCGGAGGUUGGUUCCCAUCACAUCUCUCCACCUCUCCGCUUCCCAAAGAAGAGGGGACUAGAUAUAUACAAGGAGUGUGUGUGCAAUGCAUUGCAGUACACUGUAAUAAGAUGUUUAAAGUGAUAGUUCAUCACCAUAUGUGUACUGCUUGAUUGUUUCUGUAUUUGGACAUUAGCAUGUUUAAAAAAGACAGUCAGUAAUCCAGCAUUUCUGUAUGGCUCUUGCCUAACAUUGGUGAAAUAUCCUUUUUAAGUUUUAGGCUAAAAUAAUGUAACUUAUCAGACAGGUUAACAGUAGGUUGUAUUCAUGGAAGCCAGGCUUCCCCAAAUAUUUGACCAUUAAAACAUUUUAAAUGAUUACAUUUACUUUUCGUAUCUCAGGGUUUUCAAAAUGUUCCGUCAAUUCCAAAGGUGCUGGAAUCUCACCAGAGAAAUCAUCAGAGCGAGGGAAACAGUACCCCUCUGUCUCAGUAUGUGUAGCCCAUGUAUCUGAUGCUGUUGAUGCACAUGUUGUUAGUGUAGCAUUUGAUUGAUUGAUGCUAGCAAGCUUUUGGCCUCCCUUUAUACAUUAAAAAAAAAAAUAUAUAUAUAUAUAUAUAUAUAAUUAGCUUGCAAAAUCGUCCCUUUCUUAAGCCAUGGAUUUGGACUUGUGGUUUUGACUUAAUUCACUGUACAGGCCAAUGAUUAUAAUCUAACAAUAAAUGAAUGUUGUGCCACUGA